AUGAGACUCAGAUACAGUGGCGUACCGGUGAAGAACAUCCUCAUCCAUCAUGAAUAUAACCCACAAAGCUACGCCAACGACAUUGCUUUGGUGCAGCUGGAGGAGAUGGGUGUUUCAGACAAGUGCAUGCAGGACAAUCCCGCGGUCCGAGCCGUCUGCGUUCCCUGGUCCACCUUACAGUUCCAGCCCAACGACACCUGCACCAUCUCCGGCUGGGGCAAAGGUGCGGCUCCCUCGACUCUAAAAUGGGCAAAUGUGACGCUUGUUGGUGACCUGGAGGGGAAGGUGGACUCGUGUCGGGGCGACUCCGGGGGGCCGCUGGUGUGCACAGACGCGUCUGGUUUGUCGUAUGUGUGGGGAAUAGUGAGCUGGGGAGAUAAAUGCGGCGCACCCAAUCAUCCUGGCGUCUACACUAAAGUGGCGCAAUAUUUCGACUGGAUCCGCUCCAACACAGGCUGGCUGGCCGUUACCAAAUUUAACCAGUAAAA